CUCCUCCCAUACCCUUUUAGCUUCAGUCUUCAUUUCCACUCUUCAUCUUCCUCCUUGUUGACUCUCAUCCAGCGGUGAUCACAAAUAUGGGAGAGGAUCAGAGUUCUGCUUUGAGUACAAAAAUUGAUUGUGAUCAAGCUUGUGAUGCACUUUAUGGUAACUAUGAAACAUGUCUUUGUUACCGCGACAUGAAGAGCCAUGGCAGCCAGGGCAAGAGCCCCUAAAUCAAGCAACAUCAGACUUUGAUUCCCGAAUGGAAAAUUGAUUGGGAUCAAGCUAGUGAUGUUAGAUGUCACCUUUCACCUUUUUGACCUUAGAUGGAAAGAAUAAUCCAUGUGAAAACUUUAGUAAAUUCUGAGUAAGCAU